AUGGAGGCACGACGAGAAUAUGCAGCAACAUCCGCCAGAACUAACCAGCGAACCAACACGAAUGAGUCCAUGUGUGUCAUGAUGGACUUGGAUCCUGUCUCGAGUGCUUCGAGCAGCGACACCUCCAUAGACUACUACAAGGAGCAACUCUUACGCAAGAGUCCCCUUGCAUUGUUGCAACAUAGCCCCGAGGCAAAUGACUCAGCUGGGUUGGCUCACUCAACAUCGCCUGAAAUGAACGAUGAGAGGCGGAUAGCUCCAAAUUGCCGUCAAAGUGAUGGUAUGGACUUCUCAAGGGUAAAUCUAGCGAGCGAGAAAGUGCAUACAACUUUAAACCGGCACAGGGCCGGUAAUGGUGAUGACGAUGAUGAUGUAGAUGAUGAUAAGGCCAUGCCGAUAGAGCUGGCGAAAGGCUACAGCGUUGGGAGAAAACCAAUGCAAAGAAAACCACCACCUUCUUUGGAAGCCGAAGAAGCAAAGCAGAUUCUUUUGGACACUGAAUCUGCGAAUGACUCGCUCGCACAAGGCUCGAGAUUAUCCAGCAGAAUGAAGAGGUUGUCGUUGGCCAAGAUUGGCAAGAAAUUAAAGACAAUGAAAGAAACCUCGAGUGUCAAGUAUGAUUCACCGAAUAUAUAUCCUGAUGAACUGCGACGUUCGGGUUCCAUGACACCGCACGCUUGCCUGCCUUCGAUUUCUUCCAUAGAGCACCAUUAUUCUACGGAUGACGCACUGAUGAACCCAACUUUGCCCAAGAAUGACGCAACCGCGCCGCAUAGUGUCAACCCUUUCUGGAAAUUCCAUGUCCUUCACUUUGGUAAAGAUUUGUACCUCACGACGAACCCCGGUGCCAAACAUGUUUAUUGCAGGCACGCCCCGGGUUUCUACGUUGAAGUCAAGGGUUUAUCGCAAGAUGGUAGACUUGAUGGGAAAGACGGUUUCGUUUUGAUCUUUAGGGAUAAUGCUGAUUUGUUAGCAAACAAGAAAAGCAACAAGACCAGCAACAACAGCAACAACCGGCAAGCGUUUAUGCAGAUUACGAAAAAACCGGAAAAUGAAGGUGGCUUCUUUACGUUGAAAAUACCCAAAAACACCUAUGUAGAUGACGACGGCAUCGUUGUCAAAUACCAAGACAUGACCAACUACAGCGGGGUUUCUUUCCCACAAGAAAUACUGCAACAGCAAUUCCCUUACAAUGAUCUUCGAUGCAAGCACAAGAGCCUGUUUGAAAACUACGAAGUGCAAGAUUUUUGGGGAAACAUGUGGAAUGUUGGGUCGAUUCCUCGAGUCCGUGUAAGCAAAACUAACCAGGUGAAAGCGAUGAUGAUGAGGAAUAGGAGAAAGGAUAUGGAGAGGAACGAAGAAGACGAUAUAAAGAUGAUUGGCAAGAGCAACGUUUAUUUCCACCAAAACUUUAUCAGCCGUGGUGGCCGCACCAGGUACAAAGAACCAGACGCGAGAAAAAUCUACUAUCAAGAUGGAGAAUCUCAUUUCCCGCCCGUUCUUUGUGUCUUUCGACCGUUCAAGAAGCUCAAAAUGGCAGAGAAAAUUUCCAAGUCGAUGAAGAACCACGAGCAGAUAGGAUCCAAGUACUACCGCCUUGAAGAAGACAAAGGCGCCGAGUUGAACUCGGUCACGUACGAUACCACCAGGAAAUAUUAUCGCGCAAGUGACGGUUUAUAUUCCGAUGAAGGAACGCUUGAUGAUACACCCGACGAGAACAAGUUUGGCUGGAUUACGGUGUAUGAAGACCGUGAUGUUUUCGGGGGUGGUGAAAAUCGAGGUAUGUUUGACUUGGUUGUAGGGAUGACCUUGGCUGUUGGCUUCAGCAACAGCUUGAAAAGGUGA